AUGCAGCCUGUAUCUCUGCUGGUGGUGAUGUUGGCCAUGCUGGUGAUGUUGGGGGUCUUCCCUCAUAAGGGUCCUCAUCAUGGGGCCCCUCGCCACGCUGGUCUGUGGAGCUCUCCGCCCAACUGGUGUAAGAGACAGCAGGGGAAGACUCAGGGGCCCCACCAAGACCCCCUACCUCUGAGACACCACGGCAGCAAGACACACAAAUGUAACCACAUCUUCCACAGAUCCCGUCUGCGCCAGGAGGACUCCCCACCCCGGAUCGUGGAGCACCCCUCUGACUUGAUCGUGUCCAAAGGGGAGCCGGCCACCCUCAACUGCAAGGCAGAGGGGCGGCCCAGCCCCACGGUGGAGUGGUACAAGGACGGGGAGCGGGUAGAAACGGACCGGGACAACCCUCGAUCUCAACGCAUGCUGCUGCCCAGCGGCUCCCUCUUCUUCCUACGUAUCGUCCACGGACGACGCUCCAAACCGGAUGAGGGCUCCUACGUCUGCGUCGCCCGCAACUACCUGGGAGAAGCCAUCAGCCACAACGCCUCGCUGGAAGUAGCAUUACUACGUGAUGACUUCAGACAGAAUCCUGCCGAUGUGAUGGUGGCAGCGGGCGAGCCUGCAGUCCUAGAGUGUAUGCCCCCUCGCGGGCAUCCUGAACCUAGCAUAUCCUGGAAGAAGGACAGUGCCAACAUCGAUGACAGAGAUGAACGAAUCACUAUCCGGGGAGGAAAGCUGAUGAUAACCAAUGCCAGAAAAAGCGACGCUGGGAAGUAUGUGUGUGUCGGGACCAAUAUGGUGGGAGAGAGGGAGAGUGAGAUCGCUGAGCUCACUGUGCUCGAGCGACCCAGCUUCGUGAAGCGUCCCGGCAGUCAGGUGGUGCUGGUGGACCAGAGCGUGGAGUUCAGGUGUGAGGCCCGGGGUGACCCAGUUCCCACCGUCCGCUGGAGAAAAGACGACGGAGACCUGCCCAAGGGAAGAUAUGAGAUCCGUGAGGACCACACCCUGAAGAUCCGUCGGCUGACCUCUGCAGACGUGGGAUCUUACACCUGUGUGGCAGAGAACAUGGUGGGCAGGGCGGAGGCGUCGGCCACCCUCACCGUCCACGUGCCCCCUGUGUUUGUGGUGCGGCCCAGGAACCAGGUGGUGGCGGUGGGGAGGACCGUCACCUUCCAGUGUGAGGCAACAGGAAACCCUCAACCUGCUAUCUUCUGGCAGAGAGAGGGCAGCCAGAACCUGCUCUUCUCCUACCAGCCCCCCCAGCCCUCUAGCCGCGUCUCCGUCUCCCAGACGGGGGACCUGACUAUCACAGAUGCAGAGCGCUCAGACGUGGGCUACUACAGCUGCCAGGCCCUCAACAUCGCUGGCUCUGUCAUCACCAAGGCCCUGCUGGAGGUCACUGACGUUGUGUCGGAUCGCCCACCUCCAGUUGUCCGCCAGGGUCCAACCAAUCAGACAGUGUCUGUGGACGGGACGGUGGUCCUGAGUUGCCUAACAACGGGUAACCCCACCCCCACCCUCCUGUGGAGAAAGGACGGUGUGUUGGUGUCCACUCAUGACUCCCGGGUCAAACAGCUGGACACGGGCGCACUGCAGAUCCGCUACGCCAAGCUGGGUGACACAGGCAUCUACACAUGCAUCGCCUCCACUCCCAGUGGCGAGGCCUCGUGGAAAGCCUACCUGGACGUUCAAGAGUUUGGUGUUCCAGUGCUGCCGGCCAGACCCACUGACCCCAACCUGAUCCCCAGUGCCCCCUCCAAACCUGAGGUCACUGAUGUCACCCGCACCUCUGUCACCCUGUCUUGGAAGCCCAACCUCACAGGAGCCACACCCACCUCCUACAUCAUAGAGGCCUUCAGUCAUGCGUCAGGCAGCAGCUGGCAGACCCUGGCAGAACAUGUGAAGACUGAGUCGUAUGUGUUGAAGGGCCUGAAGGCCAGUGCUGUCUACCUCUUCCUGGUCCGAGCUGCUAACGCCUACGGCCUGAGUGACCCCAGCCCCAUCACUGAGACCGUCAAAACACAAGAUAUCCCCCCCACCAGUCAGGGAGUGGACCACCGUCAGAUCCAGAGGGAGUUAGGAGAGGUGGUCAUCCACCUUCACAACCCCACCAUCCUCUCCUCCUCCUCUGUCAGAGUGCAGUGGACGGUGGAGCAGCAGUCUCAGUACAUCCAGGGUUAUAAGGUGAUGUACCGGACCUCUCCAGAGGGCCAGCAGAGGAGUGACUGGGCUGUGUUUGAGGUGAGAACCCCAGGGGAGGACAGUACUGUGGUGCCCCAGCUAAGGAAGGGAGUCACCUAUGAGUUCAAAGUUCGCCCCUUCUUCAACGAGUUCCAGGGAACAGACAGUGAGGUCAAGACGGCCAAGACUCUGGAGGAAGCUCCCAGUGCAGCCCCUCGUGGGGUUACCGUCACAGAGAGCGGGGACAAUGGGACCGCCAUUGUGGUCUCCUGGCAACAGCCUCCAGAGGAGGAGCAGAAUGGGGUGGUCCAGGAGUACAAGAUCUGGUGUUUGGGGAAUGAGAGCAAAUAUCAUAUCAACCGUACGGUGGACGGCUCUACCUUCUCCUUGCUGAUCUCCAGCCUGGCUCCAGGGAUCCGUUACAGUGUGGAGGUCGCAGCCAGCACUGGGGCAGGCCAAGGGGUCAAGUCUGACGUCACCUUCUUCCAGAUAGACUCAUUGGGGCGUAUGACGGAGGGUGUGUUGGAGCCAGAGAACACCCUGUCCCAGCAGAUCAGUGAGGUGGUGAAGCAGCCAGCCUUCAUAGCGGGGAUAGGAGCGGCCUGUUGGAUCAUCCUCAUGGUGUUCAGUAUCUGGCUCUACCGACAGCGUAAGAAGAGGAGUGGCCUCAGCACGAACUACGCAGGCAUCCGCAAGGUGCCAUCCUUUACCUUCACUCCUACAGUGGCGUACCAGAGAGGGGGAGAGGCUGUCAGCAGUGCUGGAAGGCCAGGUUUGCUGAACAUUGGGGAGUCUGCUACCCAGCCCUGGUUGGCUGAUACCUGGCCCAACUCCUGCUCCAAUCACAACGACUGUAGCAUGAACUGCUGCACCGCAGGACAGGGUAACAGUGACAGCAACCUGGCUACAUACAGCCGCCCAGCCGACUGCAUCGCCAACUAUAACAACCAGAUGGAGAGCAAACAGACCAACCUGAUGGUGCCGGAGGGAGGAGUGUACGGAGACGUGGACCUCUCCAACAAGAUCAACGAGAUGAAGACCUUCAACAGCCCCAACCUGAAGGAAGGACGCUUCAUUGGACCGGGUGGACCAGGGGGACAGCCCACCCCGUACGCCACCACACAGCUCAUUCAGUCGUCUAUCCUGGGCAACAACAUCAACACAGACAGAGACAGAGGGAGUGGAGGAGGAGGAGGAGGGGUAGGGGAGAUGAACGAGAAACACGGCUGGAAACCCACCACGGUUCAGCUGCAGAAGCAACAGGAAAUGACCUCACAGCUCCACCAGUAUAACAUCAUGGAGCAGAACAAGCUAAACAAGGACCACUAUAGAGGAGGGGACAGUCCCAUGGCUACCACCAUCCUCUAUAACCAGGCCCACGAGGCCCACACAGGGGGAUCCUACAACAGCUCUGACCGUGGCAGCAGCAGCACCUCCGGGAGUCAAGGUCAAAAGAAGGGAGUGCGCACCCCCAAACUACCCAAACAGAGCACAAUGAACUGGGCUGACCUACUGCCUCCUCCCCCGGCUAACCCACCUCCCUGCCGCAACAUGGAAGAGUACUCCCUGUCCAUGGACGAGAGCUAUGACCCAGACAUGCAGUGCUCCCUGCCCCCCUCCCGCAUGUACCUGCAGCCAGACGAACUGGAGGAGGAGGAGGAGGAGGAGGAGGAGGAGGAGAUGGAGAGGGGUCCCACUCCACCUGUCAGAGGGGCUGCCUCGUCCCCCGCCGCGGUGUCCUACAGCCACCAGUCCACAGCCACCCUCACCCCCUCGCCCCAGGAUGAGCUGCAACCCAUGCUCCAAGACACAGCAGACAGCAUGGUCUCUGGACACGAGCGCAGACGCCAUGCAGUGAGCCCCCCUCCCCGACCCAUCUCCCCCUCACACACCUACGGCUACAUCUCCAGCCCCCUGUCCCUGGACACAGACGGCAUGGAGGAAGAGGGGGAGAUGUUGGAGGAAGAGGAGGAGGAGGAGGAGGAGGAAGGGGACGAGACAGAUGCGGAGGUGGCCAAGGUGCACCACCACCACACCCACCCCCACCUUCACCACCCCCAUCACCCCCAGCAGAUCCACCCCAGGAGGCUGCUGCUGCGGGGCCUGGAGCAGACGCCAGCCUCCAGCAUGGGGGACCUGGAGAGCUCUGUGACGGGCUCCAUGAUCAACGGCUGGGGUUCGGCAUCCGAGGAGGAUAACGCCUCGUCAGGGCGCUCCAGCGCUGUCAGCUCCUCAGACGGAUCCUUCUUCACAGAUGCCGACUUUGCCCAGGCAGUUGCGUCUGCUGCAGAGUACGCAGGCCUGAAGGUGGCCAAGUACACCAACCCCACGCAAGGCCAGGAGGGAGGCCCCGGAGGACGAAAGUAUCAAAUGGCCUCUUCAGGCCACCGUCCUGGCAGCCCCCUGUCCACAGACAGCAACAUGAGCACGGCCAACAUGCAGAAGAGGCCUCCUAAGAAGCAGAAACAGCACCCUACAGCGGGCCACCCAGGGCUCCAGCGACGAGAGGCCUACCCUGAAGAUCUGCCCCCCCCUCCCAUCCCCCCUCCAGCGGGGCUCAAGUCCCCCACACACCCCUCCAAGACAGCCCUGGAGACCCGGGGGGUGAUGUCCCCCAAGGCAGGCGAGGGCAGGGACAGGAGAGGGGGCUCAGGAGGAGGGUACCGGCCACGGGAGGGAUCGGACCCCCGUACCAGCUCCUCAGAGCGCCGGGAGACCCAGGACAGACAGAAAAACCCUCGCGCAGGGAAAGGGAACAAACAGGAGGGGGGCAGCACCAAGGCACGCCAACACCCAGGACCAGAGGACAUCCUGCCCUACAGCCGCCCCUCCUUCCCCACGGUCCACAGUCCCCGAGACAGGGACCCCAGAUCCUCCAGCUCUAUGUCCUCCCGGGGCUCAGGGGGGCGGCGGAGAGGAGAGGGUGGGGCAGGGGCCCGCAGGAACCCUAACGACAUGGGCCUCAACACCAUGGGGGCCUUCCAGCCAGGAGACGAUGACUUAGAGAUGGUGGAGAGCUGAAGUACUAGACGGGAUGAACAGGAAGUACUGUCCAGAAUUAAGUUUCCAAGAAGAGGAAAGCUGUGAUCGUUCCUCUGCCCAUUUUAAAUAUCUCAGUAUCUCACCAUCAUGUUUGCUGACAAAUACUGUACAUCAAUUGUGUUUCAAUACAUUGGGAAAAAAUACCAAUUGUUUUUCUAAUUUAUCGUUUUCUAUGUCCAUUUUAAACAAGAAAAAAAAAUGCCAAGCAAAAUACCCAGUAGUAUGUAAUGUUUUAUUCCAAGGCAAUAGGGAGUAACAGUGGACUCCAAGUAUUGACACGAUGGACUUGGCUUGCCUCGGCACUGUGGGAAGCCCUGCCCGUACAGCCAGGUGUUACUGUAAUGAGAUGAGCUACAAGCAGAGGGGUGGACUGUCUUGUAAAUAUACCUGUACACAUAAUGUCCUUUUGUAUAGCGUCCAUCGUGGUACUUCGUUUUCUUUGUUUUAUUUUGCGAAUUAUUAUUUUAUUAUGCCAGUAAAUAUAAUUAUUUUAUCGUUUUCCAUCCAUGUUGUAAAUUGCUAUAGUAUUUAGCCGUCCCAAGAAAGUGCCACUUUGGGAUUGUUCUUUUUCUUUUUCUAUUGCACUGUUAUUUUUUUGUGUCGUUGUCAAUGUUUGUUAUUUGUUUUACUUUGGUUUUAAAAGCACAAUCACUAAACUUUAUUUUAAGCCA